AUGUGGGCCGGAGAGCAGCUCCCAAGCAGUGGCCCUGGCCGAGGGAUUCCUCCUGAGUAAGGCCGAGGAGAAGAGGCAGGCAGAACAGAGGUGGGGUCCAUCCGAGAAGCUGGAAGCUGAGUUGGAAAGAGCUCUGCUGGAGGAGGGGCAGCCGGGCCAGGCCCAGGAAUGGGCCCCAGAUGCCCUCUCACGUGGCAGUGAAGAGACACUCUUGAUCCGCCCUCUUUGCAGAGACAUGGAAACAGCUGCAGCACUCCCAGUCCAGCCUCUGAUUUCCUUUGGGGAGGUGGCCGUGUAUUUCACCGAGGCAGAGUGGGCGUUGCUGGAUCCACACCAAAGAGCUCUUUACGAGGACGUCAUGCUGGAGAACUACUGGAGCGUGGCCUCUCUGGCAGCACAUGCAGAGGAGACGGUGGGGCUAUUCCAGGGGUCCUCUGUGGAAAAAUACAAGGAUGAUGUUUCUGAAGGAACGUUUGAGAAGAGAGACGGAGCACCGAGGCAGGAGGGAAGCCAUGCAGACAAGACCAGGGAUAAGCCUGUUCAAUCCCAAGCAGCAGACUUCUGUAAAAUCCCAGCAUAUAAGUGCACAGAGUGUGGAAUGAACUUCUCAGAUAAAAGCCAAUACGAGAUCCACUUGGAAAUGCACAGUAGAAAGAAGACCCAUCAAUGCUUGGAGUGUGGCAAGACUUUCCUCUGCAGAGUAGAGCUCCUUAGGCAUCAAAUAAAACACAAAGGAGAGAAAACUGAGAGCACCUCAGAUUGUGGCAAGAGCUUCUCACAAAAAUCAAAUCUGUUUCAACAUCAAAGGGUUCAUUCAGGAGAGAAGCCACUAAUCUACUUAGAGAACAGAAUGAUCUUCUCUGGUAAAAGAAAGGGUAAUGUGCACAUUCCAAACAAUAGUAUACUGAGGGGGUGUAAAUGCUUUUGGUGUGGAAUGUUCUUCAGCUGCAGGUCAAAGCUCCUUGUGCAUCAAAGAAAUCACACAAAGGAGAGGCCUUUUGAAUGCUCAGAGUGUGGACAGAGAUUCAGUCAGAGUGGCAAUCUUCAACGGCAUCUGAGAACUCACACAGAGGAGAAGCCUUUUGAAUGCUCAGAGUGUGGAAAGAGAUUCAGUCGGAGUAGCCAUCUUCACCAGCAUCAGACAACUCACACAAAGGAGAGGCCUUUUGAAUGCUCAGAGUGUGGAAAGAGAUUCAGUCAGAGUGGCAGUCUUCAACGGCAUCAAAUAACUCACACAAAUGAGAGGCCUUUUGAAUGCUCAGAGUGUGGAAAGAGAUUCAGUCACAGUAGCAGUCUUAAACAGCAUCAAAUAACUCAUACGAAGGAGAGGCCUUUUGAAUGCUCAGAGUGUGGAAAGAGAUUCAGUCAGAGUAGCACUCUUCACCAGCAUCAGACAACUCACACAAAGGAGAGGCCUUUUGAAUGCUCAGAGUGUGGAAAGAGAUUCAGUCAGAGUAGCAAUCUUCAGAAGCAUCAAAGAACUCACACAAAGGAGAGGCCUUUUGAAUGCUCAGAGUGUGGAAAGAGAUUCAGUCAGAGUAGCAAUCUUCAGAAGCAUCAAAGAACUCACACAAAGGAGAGGCCUUUUGAAUGCUCAGAGUGUGGAAAGAGAUUCAGUCAGAGUAGCAAUCUUCAGAAGCAUCAAAGAACUCACACAAAGGAGAGGCCUUUUGAAUGCUCAGAGUGUGGAAAGAGAUUCAGUCAGAGUAGCACUCUUCACCAGCAUCAGACAACUCACACAAAGGAGAGGCCUUUUGAAUGCUCAGAGUGUGGAAAGAGAUUCAGUCACAGUAGCAGUCUUAAAAAGCAUCAAAGAACCCACACAAAGGAGAGGCCUUUUGAAUGCUCAGAGUGUGGACAGAGAUUCAGUCAGAGUGGCAAUCUUUACCGGCAUCAAUUAACUCACGCAAAUGAGAGGCCUUUUGAAUGCUCAGAGUGUGGAAAAAGAUUCAGUCAGAGUGGCAGUCUACACCGGCAUCUCAGAACUCACACAAACGAGAGGCCUUUUGAAUGCUCAGAGUAGUGUGGAAAGAGAUUCAGUCAGAGUAGCAAUCUUCAGCAGCAUCAGACAACUCACACAAAGGAGAGGCCUUUUGAAUGCUCAGAGUGUGGAAAGAGAUUCAGUCAGAGUAGCCAUCUUCACCAGCAUCAAAAAAGUCACACAAAUGAGAGGCCUUUUGAAUGCUCAGAUUGUGGAAAGAGAUUCAGUCAGAGUGGUAAUCUUAAAAAGCAUCAAAGAGUUCACACAAAGGAGAAGCCUUUUGAAUGCUCAGAGUGUGGAAAGAGAUUCAGUCGGAAUGACACUCUUCAACAGCAUCAAAGAGAUCACACAAUGGAGAGGCCUUUUGAAUGCUCAGAGUGUGGAAAGAGAUUCAGUCGGAAUGACACUCUUCAACAGCAUCAAAGAGUUCACACCAAGGAGAGGCCUUUUGAAUGCUCAGAGUGUGGAAAGAGAUUCAGUCUGAGUGGUACUCUUCAAAGGCAUCAAAGAACUCACACAAAGGAGAGGCCUUUUGAAUGCUCAGAGUGUGGAAAGAGAUUCAGUCAGAGUGGCCAUCUUCACCAGCAUCAAAAAAGUCACACAAAGGAGAGGCCUCAGCAGUGCUUAUUGUACACUCUCAGAUGAGGCACCCCAAUUUGAUCCUCAUCUUCCCUUAGCAUUGUGGAAAGGCACCUCCUGGAGAGUAGAAAGUCAAUGUAGUAAUCUUUAAGGUGUCAUGCUCAGAACAUGGAACGAAAUUCAGUUGGCCUGGUUAGUUCUGUUCUUCCUUUUGUGUACUUUUCUGUUCCAUUACUCUGAUUAUUAUAAGAGUUCUUUUCAUUCCUAUGUGUUCAUACGUGGAAUGCUGCAUGAGGUUCUUGAUUCUAUUUCUGUAAUCUUUUCCUUCCUUUUAUUUUUAAGAAUUGGUUUCCUCGCUCAUCCAUCAAGAUUUUCCAUUUUAUUUGGAUACCUGAAUAACCUUUGCACAGUUCAAGAACUUAAGUGAUAACCACCCUCCUUCCUUCUUCUUUCUCUCUUUUUUUCCAGCCAUCACCUACUUCUGUCUAGACAUGGAUGUCAUAUGUCUGAGGCUG